UACGUUUCAUUCAUGAUCGUCGGGUACGAAGCAAGCCAUAAUAUAUCUCUAAGUUGUAUUGUAAACGGGGUAGACCGCGUUAGUGCUGCCGAUGUGCGUGCGCCUCGCAGUCGUACACGUGAUUAUUACUCUUUUGUGCUACGUGUUUUUGUUUCGUGUUUUACGUGCAUUACAACACUUUGGUUUAACCUUUAUACAUACCUGCCUCGCGCUACUCGCCACUAUUAAACGGAUAUCAUGGAUAUGGAAUCCCUGUACGAUUACGGGGAGGAGGAGCAGGAUUUUUACGAAGAAAAUCCUGGCACCCGAAAAGGCGGCUACCCUAUCGAUCACAGAUGGAUCAAACGCGAUGUACGAGGCGUGGGCGGCUUCUUAGGGGGCGGCAGUAUUAGCGACGGCGGCGGCAUGUUGAUGGUGAUGGCAAAAUUGAUGAAACAAGAGCUCGCCUCCGAUGCCGAAGAAGAAGGGCUGGUCCCUGCCCUACCAGGGAGAUUCACCAGCAUGCGAAAGGUGCCAUCGUUAUCUGACCUCUCCGAUCCAGAAAGUUCCUUAGGUGUCUUCCUCGUGUGGAACUUGGUCGAAGUUUGCGUGUCGUCAAAGGAUCAACGACUGUUCGAUCGAAUCGUUCGUCCGAAUCAUAUACCGGCACAAGUGCCGCCAUUAACGCCUGGUACCAACAAAAAAAUGACAGAGGCCCUAGAGGCCUCUUUCGCUUCUUGGGAGAAGGAACGAGUACGUCUAAAUAUAACGAAAGACCCAAGGCAAUGGUCGGAAGCAGCUGUCGCCCACUGGUUGCAUUGGGCUAUCGGUGAAUUUUCGUUGGAGGGUGUGGCCAUGCAACCCUGGCAGCACAUGACCGGAAAACAGAUUUGCGCUAUGGGAAAGGAAUCCUUUUUAGCACGUGCCCCGGCCUUCAUGGGUGACAUUCUAUGGGAACACCUCGAAAUACUUCAGAAAGAUGUCGAUGCUGAAAAGGCCUCACUGGAGAACACUACGGCGAGCAACUUGUACGAGAGCGUAUGCGUCCCAGAUUUAGGUGAUUUUUUGGGAUACCAGGAUUCGUCUGGUCAUCAGGAACACAAGAGUCCAGCUACGACACCAGCUAGUUCUAACAGCACUAACUCGUCCGGCCAAACGCAUGGUCCUACCACUCAGGCAACAGCCCCUACGCAACAGCCAUCGUCCGGCGCCGUUUCGUUGGCCUCGAGACAAUAUCAUAACGAUGGAGGUUAUGCUCAUCUACGCAGUCCCGUGUGUCAGGACGAAACUCAAAGGGAAGAAACUUCGCCACCACCUCACAGCCAUAGUACACAACCUCCGAAUUCUCAUUCCAGUACACCGACGGGGAAUAACAACAAUAAUAAUAACAAUAACGCGAAUAAUGCUUAUAUACACCUACGCAAUUUAAGUGAAUUGAAAACGGAAUCGAACUAUAGCAGCCACCAUAUAGCGGCGGAACACUUACAAGGAGGAGCCGGCGGAUUGGCCAGUGGCGGUGAUCUCGGUGCAACGGGGACCAAUGAGAGCGAACUUAGGGUUAGCAAUACUGGCACGACGGAAGAGUACAUUACACCCGCUCAUUAUUCUGGAUAUGACGAGGCCUCUGAUUAUCACGGUCUAUCGCAGGAUCAUCAAACUCCUCAUACCUACAAUCUGGAUAGUUCGCCAGAAUUUUACAGUACCAGUGGUAUUCACCUCGAAGCGAAAUAUCAGCCAUCGCCGUUCAAAAAUUAUCCUCGAGCGAGAUAUCACGAAGGAUACAGUGAAAGUGGGGGAUACAGUCAAUACGAUGCGACACCGUUUCAGACGGUUCCUGGAAGUGGAAACACAGCUACUGGAGCUGCUGGUGUUGGCAGUGAACAGUGGGGUGUUGCGCCUAUCGGUGAACAUCUUUCUCAUCAUCCAGCGUUCAUCGCGAGUCUUGGCUCGAGAGAUUCAUCCGGUGCUCAUCAUCCACCUUCCAUCGGUAGUAACGCCGAUCAAAAGCCUCUCUUACAGAGUGCAAUGAUCGCAGCUAGUUAUACCGGUGAUAAUUGUGCAGGUGGUGGUCCAUAUUUCACAGGUUCAGGACCAAUACAACUCUGGCAAUUUUUAUUGGAACUAUUAACCAAUAAAUCAUGUCAGAGUUUUAUCUCGUGGACGGGCGACGGUUGGGAAUUCAAACUUACGGAUCCCGAUGAAGUUGCACGACGCUGGGGUGUUCGCAAAAAUAAGCCUAAAAUGAAUUACGAAAAAUUGAGCCGCGGUCUCCGAUACUAUUACGAUAAAAAUAUUAUACACAAGACCGCUGGGAAACGUUACGUCUACCGUUUCGUCUGUGACUUACAAAAUCUACUGGGAUACAGUGCCGAGCAACUCCAUGCAAUGGUGGACUUGAAACCGGAAAAGAAGGAAGAAGACUGAGCUUUCUAUAAUGAAUGUGUUGUUUUAGGACAAUGUUACUGAUAUAAACGAAUAUAACUAAUUUCUACGGCAUCGUGCAAAGAGAGUUUAACGAGGAAAAAAGAUAAAGAUAUAAAUAAUAAAGAAGAGAUAAAGAGCAAACGCACGAGAGUACGAAUAAAGUAAUAAUUGUUAAAAUUGCAGAAGAUCAUUGCUCUGUGUAUCCUUUGUUUGAAACGAAAUGAUGAUAUCAAUUCGGUCGCAUGUACCAAAGACAGGGUCUGCAUACCAUUGGUGCCUAAAGUUUUAAUGACUAAAUUGUGAGCUUCUUCCUAGGUGAUGAAUGGAUACACCAGGGCAGAUUCUGUGUCAGAAACUUUUUGUUAGAUCACCUGAUGAUUUAGAAUCGACCAAGUGUGUGUGUGUCUUACCAAAAAAAAAAAAAAAAAAAAAAAGAAAAGAAAAGAAAAGAAAAGAAAAGAAAAGAGAGAAAAAAGAAACGGAAAAAUAUAAAUAAUAAAAGAAAUAAAAAAUAAACGGAUAAUCGUUGAAAAUUGUGGAAGACCAUUGUUCUGUGUGUAUCCUUUGUUUUAGAUGAAACAUUAAUAUCGAUUCGGUCGCACGUACCAAAGACAGGGUCUGCAUACCAUUGGUGCCUAAAGUUAAUGACUAAUUUGUGAAAAUUCUUCUCUAAGUGAUUAUAUCAUUUGCCGAAGCGUCAUAAUUUAGAUGAUAUAUUUAUAGGAGUAUAACUCAAUAUUUUAUACAUGUUAUAUAUAUGUAUAUAUAUGUAAUGCGUGCAUGUGUGUGCGCGCUCAAGCGCAUGUGUGUCUUCUCGUAUAUAUGCAUAAAUGCAUGCAGUCUUACACACGCAUACAUAUAUACAUACGUACAUACGCACGCACACAUAGAGUGUCAAGAACUUUCUGAUAUAAUAUACGGUGUAACAGUGUAGGAAAAUAGUGUGCAUGGGAGUCCUCGAAUGUGUCUAAUGACGUCUGAUGAAAUACGGACGUCUAUCACUUCUUCAGGGCAUCUUGAAUGCUCUAUGUACAUACAUAAAUAUGUAUAACUCUAUGUAUACCCGCCCACACACACACAUUUAUAUAUAAGCAUAUAUAUAAAUAUAUAUAUAUAUAUAUAUAUAUAUAUAAAUUUUCUUCAUGUUACAUGAUUUAUAAGCACUACAACAUCGUCUAUUCGAUGCAUCUAAAUUAUUUAUAUACUUUCAUCUUAUAACAUGUGUGUUAUAUAUCUCGUUAAUAGAUGACACGAUAUGUGAUUGUUAUUAUUAUAAUUUUACUACAAUGAACUCCUCCUUUAUAUAUGUUGAUGAUCAGGCUCUAUUAAGAUUAAUUUUUCACAAUAUUAAUAUUUCACAAUAUUAAUUUUUCACGAUAUUAAUAUUUACUUAUCUUCUAAUUAAGUGCUCGACUUGUAGUAGACACAGGAAAGGAUCUACAUAUUUUUUUUUGUUUGCAAUAAAGAUCGUUACACGAUUAUCGCGCAAUUUCAUUAAAAAGAAUCUUUUUCUUUUUCUUUUUUUUUUUUCUUUUUUUCUUUUUUUUUUUAUAGAUAGAAAGAUUAUGCCGUUUAUAUGUUACUUUAUAAGAAUAUCUAUUAUAGAAUGUAAUUUCCUGUUAAUGCAAUGAAAGCGAUACAGUAAAAGAAAAUUUUAUAAUGCCUUUAAUAUAUUUUUUGAAAUGAAAUUCUCACUAUUAUCUUUAAUACAUAUAUGAUAUAUAUAUAUAUACAUACAUACACACACGUGUCAUAAAAAUCUUUAUUAUUCUACGACGAUGUUACUGAUACAUUUAAAAAAUCAGACAUAAAGGACAGUGUCUCGCGCCAAAUAUGUCUGUUUAAUUUCAAUAGGAACAUAGAACCAUAUAUAACGAUACAUAUAAUCUUUGUCUGUGUUAUAGCAUAUGCUUUCACAUUUGAUGUAAUUAAAAUACUAAUAUGACCUUAUGGUACCUGCAAUAUCUUUCGCGUAUCAUCCAUAGAUAAUUUGGAAAUUAUUAUGUAUGUACGAACUAUUAUGAUAAUUUUGGAUAUUUUGUUUCAUUAAAUGUUUUAUUAUACAUUGAUAAAAUUAUAUUGAAUUAAUGUUGUACAGAUUAUAGUAUAUGUAAAAGAAUGUACGUUAAAAAUUGACCACAGUGAAAUUACGUAUAAUUUAUAAAUAUGCUAUUUACAUUCGGUGAUUGGUAAAUGAAAAAAAAAAACAAAAAGAAAAAAAAGUUGUUUAAAAGUGAUACCAUAAUGGUUAUAUUAUAUCUUGUGUAAGAAAGACGUAUGCUCUUAUUUCUUAUGCACGAAGAACAAACUUGUACAUAACGAUGAACUAUUUAUUGUACUUGUUCACUAAAUUUUCUUAGUUUUCAAUUGACAAUAAUUUAAGCAUAGUGUGUCUAUUGUACAUUACACUUUUUUAGUAUUCUUGAAAGAACACCAAUAAUAAGACACAUGUAAAAUAAAAAACUUAAUACUGACGAAGGUCACACAAUUGAAACGUGCUUUUUUUUAAUAAAGCAUAACUCACAAAUCAUAGAAAUUAA